GUACCACUAUAAAUACUGUUCCAAGCUCUUCAUUCAAUCAUUUCAAAAUCAUAAAUAUAACAGAAAGAAACAAAACAUACAAAAACAAAAAGAUGGUGAUCUUCGCUUUAACAUCUUCUUCUUCUUCAAAGCUAAAACAACAUUCACACCGUAGCUUCUCUGAGUCUCUAAUGGAAGAUAGCAUCAAAGACGCUGAAGCUACCAUUCACCAAUGGAUUUCGCCAGACUCUUCUUCUUCCUCCUCUUCUUUCUGCUGCACCUUCUCACUCUUCUCCAACAAAAACAGAGAAGAAGCUAAACGAUUCAUCGGAGCUGUCACCACCUUACACUCCGCGAUGGUCAAGCUCGUCUCGGUGAACCCAGCCUCCACCAAGCUUAUCAAAGCAGAGAGUCUACUAAAGCUCUCCAUGAACCAUCUAUCCAAAGAGUUCUACCGAAUCCUAAAAUCAAACCGACGCUACCUCGAUCCAGAAUCCGUCUCGGUCCGUUCAAGAAACGUCUCCAAAGAUGAUGAUGCAGAAGCCAUGGCGGAUUUGAAGAUGAUCGCCGACUGCAUGACGUCAUCAGGACACGGCAAAGAAUGCUUCAAAAUCUACAAAAAGAUCCGUCACUCGAUCAUCGUCGAAGCCUUGGAGCAGCUCGGUUUCGAGAAUCUAACCCUCUCGCAGGUUCAGAGACUCGACUGGGAGAGUACGGAGAAAAAGAUCAGAGCGUGGUUACGAGCCGCGAGAAAAGCCGUUACGACUCUGUUCUACGGCGAACGGAUCCUCUCCGAUCACGUCUUCUCCUCCUCCUCCUCCUCGUCCGCGAUCAGAGAGUCUUCCUUCGCCGAGAUCACUCUACAGAGCGCUUUGGCUCUCUUCUCUUUCCCCGGACACGUGGCGAAAUCUCGGAAAACUCCCGAGAAAAUCUUCCUCACUCUCGACGUUUACCAGUGCCUCGUCGAGCUAACGCCGAGGAUCGACGAAGUUUUCGGUUGUUACGAUUCGACGUUGUCUUCCGUCAGAUCGGUGAUCGCCGGAGCCCUGGGGAGCCUCGAGGAAGCGGUGGUGUCGAUGAUCGACGAGUUCGAGUCGUCGAUCUCGAAGGAGUCUUCGAAAUCGGUUAUCUCCGGCGGCGGGAUCCACCAGCUCACGAGAUACGUCAUGAACUACAUCGUCUUCCUCGCCGAUUACAGCGAGGUGCUCGCUAAGAUCAUCCCCGCAAAAACGACGUCGUUCGGUUCUCCAGAAGAAGAGGAAUCCACGUCAUCAUCAUCGUCAUCGUCAUCUCCGCUUGCGAAACGAAUCUCGUGGCUGAUUCUGUUUUUGCUCUGCAAGAUCGACGCGAAGUCUCGUCUCUACAACGACGUAGCUCUCUCGUACCUCUUCUUGAUCAACAAUCUCCACUACGUCGUGGUUAAGGUCCGUACGUCGAAUCUGAAGGAGGUUCUGAGCGAGGGUUGGCUGGUGAAGCACGAAGGGAAGGUGAAGAAGUACGUCGCGAAAUUCGAGAAGAUCGUGUGGGGACAGGUGAUGAUUACGUCGCUUCCGACGGCGGAUGAGGAGGAGGAUGGGGCGGAGGAGUUUGUUAGGGGGUUUAGUGACCGGUUCGAGGAAGCGUAUAAGAGGCAAACCGGUUGGGUUGUACCGGAUUCGGAAUUGAGAGAUGAGAUUAAAGUUUCGGUUGCUAUGAUGCUUAUACCGGCUUACACGGAGGUUUACAAAAAGUAUCGGGUCGGGUUGCGGAAGAAUAUCGGAUUUGCCCCUGAUGAUAUUGGGAAUUAUAUCUCGGAUCUGUAUUUUGGGUCGGGUGGAUCAGGGUGCGUUUCUUCGGUCCAUUCUUCGGUUUAGAGUAUGUUUGAUAUUAGCCCAGUUCGAAAACUUGUUAGGUGUUAAUUUGUAUGUUCAUGUUGGGCUCGGCGUGUUGAAAAAAAAAAUCAGAGUUAUAUUUAGAAACUAAUGGAAGAUUUAUUUUGUUAUUUUAAAAUAUAUAUCAUUAGAUGUGGUAAAAA